AAGAAUGGAUUCAUGUGAUUUUGGAAAAAAAUUAAAUGAUACUUGUCAUAAACUAAGUUAUCGUAGAAAGAUUGAUUUAAAGAAAUUUGAUUGCUAUAGAGAAGAUGCCAGAGAAGAAUUAAUUGGAGAUCUGGAAUAACAGAUGAUAAAAUUUUAACAAUCUGCCUUCAUCAUGAAAAGAUUUUUGGUACACAUUUUGAAAAGAAGCACACAAAAUGUUGUAAUUUAUUGGACAAGCAUAAAUCAAAAAAAAAAGCAAUCAAAGGGAGUCAUGUAAUAACAUUAGACAUGGCAAAACAAUUGAGAAUUAAUUUUCCAAAUGUUGUGCCUGGAUAUCAACUUUGUCGGAGCUGCUUUGAUGCUUUGUCGGAGCUACUUUGAUGCAACUUUGUCGGAGCUGCUUUGAAUCAGUAAAUUUCAUGAACAAGAUAAUUGUGAAUUUGAGGAAUCUAUUUCAUGUACUACUUCUGAAAAGUCAUGAGAGGCAUUAAAUGUUAGUUUGGAAACAAUAGGUGUAUCCCCCAUAAAACUUCAUGGCAUUCCAAAGCAUCAACGGCUAUUUGUUGCUAAAAGUAAAGUUAUAAAAAUAAUGUUAAAGUAUGAAAAGCAUAUUUCAAAAGUAUAUAAUGUUAGGGAAGAAGAACUGAAACAUAAAAUUCCUCAUACGAAAAUUAUUGACAAAAGUAAAUGUGAUGAUUUAGACAAACUAACAGCAGAAAUAAAAGAAAAGUUAAUUGUUUCUGACCAAAAAACUAAAAUUUAGUUGUUAACAUUUACACUCGAGUCUUGGUCAAGAAAUUUUGCUGCAAGAUAUUUCAACGUCACUAUAUACCAAAUUAAAGAAAAUAAGUGGGAUUUUUUCAGUUCCAGGCACUAAGAAAGAAAAAAACAUUUUCAGAAAUAACAUUAAAUAGAGUCAACAAUAUAUACCAUGAUGAAGAAUUUACUAGAUAAAUGCCUGGUAAAAAAGAUUACGUAAGUAUUGGUAGAAAACAACACAUGCAAAAGCGCCUUAUUUUAUGUAAUCUUAAAGAACUUUAUGUUUCUUUUAAAACUAAAUAUCCUCAAGAAGUUAUUGGAUUUUGCAGUUUAAGACCAAAAUGGUGUAUAACUGUUGGAGCAUCAGGCACUCAUUCUGUUUGUGUAUGUACCCUCCAUCAAAAUGCAAUACUCUUGACCAAUGCUAUACAAAUGAAAUGUACUUACAAAGAUAUGACGACAAAAGUUGUUUGUGAUGUGACAAGUAACGAGUGCAUGGUUCAUCGAUGUCCGAACUGUCCAGGUAUAGUUUCUUUAAAGAAGUUUCUGGAUGCACAACUAAUUGACAAUGACAAUGACGAGGAGGUGUCAUUCUAUCAUUGGCAGAAAACAGACAGAACAACAUUGAUCUAUCAGACAACAACAAUUGAAGAAUACAAAUUGUUGCUAUCAGAGGCAAUAAACAAGUUAACAGCUCAAUCCUACAUUGCAAAAUGUCAAUCAAGAUAUCUAAAGCAACAAAAGGAAAAUUUAGCAAAAAACUGGUGUAUUGUCUUAGUUGACUUUGCAUAAAACUUCACUUUUGUGAUUCAAGAUAAAAACCAAAGUUACCAUUGGUGCAAAAGUCAAUGCACAUUGCACCCCGUUGCCCUCUAUUUAUUAAACAAAAAUGACCAACUUGAAGAAAAAUCGUUUUGCUUCAUGUCAGAAGAUAAUGAGCAUGACACUGGUUUUGUGUAUGAAGUUCAAACACAAAUAGUUAACUAUUUAAAAGAAUAUCAUCCUAAAAUUUCAAAGAUUCUUUAUUUUUCUGAUGGUUAUGCUGCACAGUAUAAAAACCACAAAAACCAUUACAAUAUCUGUCUCCAUAAAAAUGAUUUUGACAUUGAUGCAGAGUGGACAUUUUUUGCUACAAAUCGUGGUAAGUCAUCAUGUGAUGGUAUUGGUGGCAUUGUAAAACGAUUAACUACAAAUGCAAGUCUACAAAGGCCCAUAAAUGACCAGAUAUUGAAUUGUAACAAAAUGUUUGACUACUGUACUAACAAUAUUAAAGGGAUUAUUUUUUUCAAGAUUGAAAAAGAAAGACUGACAGAAUUGUGCACCACUUUGAAAACACGUUUUGAGCUAAGUAGAACAAUUUCUGGAACUAGGAGCUAUCAUCUAUUUAAACCAGCAUCUAUAGAUACUAUUAGCUUUAAACCAACAAGUGAAGAUGUUCAAAUAACAGUCAUUUUUUCUUUUUCUGGUAUUCAAAGUUCUCAAAAUGAUCAGAAAAUUAACAUAGAUGCCUUGAAAUUUGGUGAAUUCAUUAUGUGUAAAUAUGAUGCGUUUGAUUGGAUUGGUAUGAUCAAUGAAAUUGAUAAUAUAGAGCAAGAUGUUAUGGUAAUGUUUAUGCACCCGCACGAUCCUUUUAAUAAACUUUUCUGGCCAUCUAGAGUAGAUGGGUGUUGGGUUCCAAUUACCAACAUAACUUGUAUAAUUGAUGCACCUGUAACAACAAAUGGAUGUUUUUAUACUUUGACCGUCGAUGCAUCUAAGCUAAUCUUAUGGACCUUCUGGUCAUCUGACCUGAAACAAUUUUAACGCAUGUUCAUCAGGACUACACAAAUGCUGAAAGUUUCAAAGCUCUAACUAGUCUGCAAGAUACUGAAAAAUCCAUCUCAAAAUUCUGAUCAAAAAAGUGGGGCACAUCCCUCCAGCCCCCUCUCCUAGUGUCUUGGGCCCUUUUUUAAUUUUAAAAUGCAUAUUUAUUGACACUACAUAAAUACCAAAAUUUUCAUCGUUCCAGCUAGUCUGAAAGGUAGUGAAAAAUGUAUGGCAAGAUUCCGCUACAAAAUAGUGGGGCCUGUGCCCCGUUAACCAUAUAUGGAAAUCCAUAUACUUGCAGAUCAAAAUUUUUAUGUUUUCUGAAAGAUCAUUAAACAUAGAAUAAUGUGUACAAUUUUUUAUAUCAUCAAGGCCAUAUGGCUUUCUUGAGCAUCAAAAUCAGGUGUAUAAAAAAUUGCCUAAAUUUAUUUAAAUUGAUAAUUACAAGUACUUAAAAAUAUUUUUUUACAUUUCUGAUUAUUUCAUUGGAUUCUUCGACCCUGAAAAUAGCCAGGUACAAAUUUCUAAGUCAAAAGAUCAAAUAUUUUUAAAGCUA